GACGUUACGAGGACUUACAGAUAAGCGCAACAACAGCGCUACGUUCACCAUGUCUUCUUCAGUAUGUUUGUAUUUCACGAGGGGAUCGUGUCGAUUUGGCAACCGUUGCUGGAACUCUCACGAUCUGGGAUCCAUCCGCUCCGACAGCCCUUUUCAGAUUCAAGCGGAAAAUUCUAAUGAUGAUGAAAUCAGUUUUCCUAUGGCGGCAAGGAGAGAAACUACUCCAACGACAGCUUCACCAAGUAGUAGUGCAUCUAGACCUAGACAAAUAAAUCAAGUUCUUCCCAAUACAGAAAAAAAGUCACCGGAAACUAAUAAAACAGCAACUCAAGAUAAGUGGAUCUUACAAAAUAAUUAUACUUUGGAGACGAUAGAAGGUACUCCUGAUAGUUUGUUAGUAGAAACAACAAAAAAAUUAAAAGAAGCUGAAAAUGCAGUUAUAUCACUUCGUCAACAGCUGCGUAUUAAUGACAAUAAUCUCUCUUGGAUACGUGAUCAAUGGGAACAAUGCAUGGAAAAUGAUUUAAAAUGUAAUAUAUGUUACGAAACGUUCAUCGAGCCAACUGUACUAAAUUGCUCUCAUACAUUUUGUCUUGAAUGCAUAGAGUCAUGGACUCGAGAAGCUAAUCACUGCCCAAUAUGUCGAGUUAUCGUUAUAGAUAAAUCACACUGUCUAACUUUAGAUACCUAUUUGGACAAAAUAUAUGAAUAUUUAUCAUCCGAAAUAAAAACGAGGCGGGAAACUUUAAAAGUUGAACGUAAUAAUAAUAAAGUGGAGGUUAAUAGAAACCCAAGAAAUAAUGCAAGAAUAAACCAUAGAUACCAAUCCAUGCGCCGAGCAUUAGGUGCAGAAUUAUGGGGUGAACUAGAUCAAAAUGCUGCUGAAUGGGGUAUUGCUCUGGAAGAAGCAUUAUUAGAUCCAAUACGUAUAGGCGAUGCAAUUGGUAGACAUAGAAAUAAUGGAUGGAUUGCUAACCACUUGGACAGUUCUCAGUACUUAUUUUGCCCUAAUUGUGACCGUGCAGGGCACACAAUUUUCAACUGCUCAAUUCCUAAUACGCUUUUUUGAUGGGAC